AUGAUGCAGAAUGAUAGAGGCAAGCAACUUCCCCCCGAUUCACAGUUUAUUUUCUUAAAGGAUGUUAAACCUGGCAUGAAAAAUUUACACAUUAUAUUCAUUGUGUUAGAAGUUGGAAAACCAACACACACAAAAGAUGGGCAUGAUGUAAGGUCGUGUAAAGUUGCAGACAAAACUGGAUCUAUGAAUGUGUCAGUGUGGGAUGAAGCUGGACAUGUCAUUCAGCCGGGCGACAUUUGUAAAUUUAUAAAAGGGUAUGCAGCUCUGUGGAAAGGAGGGCUAACCUUGUAUACAGGGAAAAUAGGAGAGAUUUUGAAAAUUGGAGAGUUCUGCCUAAAUUUCAUUGAGAUGCCCAAUUUUAGCGAAUCGAAUCCAGAGUCCUGGAAAAAUGAAACACCACAAAGAAAAUCUCCAACAGAAGGUGGGGAUUCUAACCAGAAAGGCGAAUCCUCGAUGCCACUGGGGCCAGCAGGGCAAACAAUUAGACCGCAGCUUACAGGAAAUGGUCAAGUAUAUAACCAACAAAGAGUACAGCCACGGCCUCAGAUGGGUGGCCCACAGCGCGGUAUCAUGAAUGGUAGCAACAAUGUUCCAGGUUCAAAUGCAGCAAUGGGUCGUGGCGGAGGGCGUGGAGGUGUAAGGAGAUAA